AUGACGAGAAGCGGAACAGAAGAUGACAUUGCGAUUAUCGGCAUGGCCUGCCGUGUCCCCGGCGCUGACUCCUCGUCACAGCUGUGGGAGAUGUUAGCGGCGAAGAAGGACGUCCGGAGGAGGAUUGAUCGAUUCAACAUCGAUGGCUACUAUAGCUCCCGAGAGGAAAGGGCUAAGGGCCUCACAGAUGUUCAGCACGCCUACCUCCUCGACCAGGAUGUUGACAAAUUCGAUCACGCAUUCUUUGGUAUAUCGCCCAUCGAGGCCUCCGCAAUGGAUCCUCAGCACCGGAUGCUGCUCGAGGUGGCCUACGAAGGAGUUGAAAGCGCAGGCAUUCGCCUGGAGGACAUCCAGGGCACUAACACCGCCGUGUAUGCCGGAAUAUCGUGCAAUGAUUACCAGGCAUCCCUACUGAGAGAUCUGGAGCAUCUACCCAGAUACGCGGCGACGGGGAUGCACAACUCAAUGGCCGCCAACCGCGUCAGUUACUUUUUUGAUCUGCAUGGUCCGAGCAUGACAAUCGACACGGCCUGCUCGUCCACCAUGGUAGCCCUGAACCAGGCUGUCCGAGGACUGCAGGGAGGAGAGUCCGGAAUGGCUCUCGUGUGCGGCUCUCAUCUCAUCCUGAACCCGGACAUGUUCGUCCACAUGUCCGAGCUUGGCUUCCUCACCCCAGGCGGACGGUGUCGCAGCUUUGACGCCCAAGGCGACGGCUACGCGCGCGGCGAAGGCUGUCUUGCAUUGCUCCUGAAGCCACUCGCGCAGGCGAUUCGGGACCAUGAUCCGAUCCGCGCUGUCAUCAAAGGCACCCAACUGAAUCACGACGGCAAGACCCAGGGUAUUACCCUGCCAUCUGCCAGUGCCCAGCAGCAGAACCUGGACACACUUUACCAGCGCUGUGGAAUCCCUCCGCGGCAGGUGCAAUAUGUCGAGGCUCACGGGACCGGCACCGCCGCGGGCGAUCCGAUCGAAUGUGCGGCACUUGCUCGCGUUUUUCGUCCCUCCGACACUCCCGAGGACAACACCCAGAGACUGGUCAUUGGAUCCAUCAAAAGCAACAUCGGCCAUUUAGAGUCUUGUGCCGGGCUGGCGGGAAUUAUCAAAACCGUCGAGUCUCUUGAGCGCGGCCUCAUCCCGGCCCAAAUGAACUACGAUACUCCCAAUCCCAAGAUCCCCCAUGAUAGACUGCUGGUCCCCAAGGACACUAUGCCAUGGCCAGCGACGCCAGACGCGGUGCGCCGGGCUGGGAUAAACUCCUUUGGAUUCGGUGGCACGAAUGGACAUGUCAUUCUGGAGCAAUAUGUACGCCAGGAGGACAUGCAGCUCACUGCUCCCUAUCGGAGACCGUAUCUGUUCAAGGUGUCGGCGGGCAGUGAGAUCUCGCUGCGAGGGCUUGCAGCCCGUUAUGCUACCGCUGUUGAUGAACUGUCUCCACAUCUGGUGGAUCUUGCAUUCACGUUGCUGUCUCGACGGUCUACACUCAGCAAGACCGUCUACUUCGUUGCCUCCUCGGCGGAAGAGACAAAGAGCCAUCUUGGUCAAAUCGCGACGGGCGAGAUUCAGCCCGUAUCCUCUUCCCCAGCUACCACGACAACCAUGCUGUGGAUCUUCACGGGCCAGGGGGCGCAGUGGCCGCAGAUGGGAAGGCAGCUGCUGGAUUGCUGCCCGCUCUUUUCGGCUGUCAUCCACGAAUGUGACAGGGCACUGGCAUGCCUGCCCGAUCCUCCUGCCUGGAGCCUUGUAGCCGAACUGCUCCAACCAAAGAGCUCCUCCCGCAUCCAGGAGGCAGCAUACUCGCAACCGCUGUGCACCGCCAUUCAGAUUGCCCUGGCCGAGAAGUGGCGAAGCUUUGGCAUCGCACCGACCGCAGUGGUUGGGCAUUCCUCGGGGGAAAUUGGGGCGGCGUACGCGGCAGGAAUCCUCAGCUUGACAGACGCCAUGGCCAUCUCUUACUACCGCGGGCUCUUCGUCCAUGGCAAAGACGAGGGACCAAAGGGUGCCAUGUGCGCUGUGGGGCUGGAGGAGGAGCUGGCGCGCCAAAUAUUGGUCCCUUAUGAUGGCAGAGUUAGCCUGGCUGCCGUCAAUGCGCCCACAAGCUGCACUAUUUCUGGCGACGCGGAUGCGGUGACCGAGAUACAUGACCUGUUAAAAGCGCAGGGAAGAUUCUGUCGAAUGCUUCAUGUAGAUACCGCCUAUCAUUCCCACCAUAUGCUGCCCGCCGCAUCCCGUUACAUUCGUGCUCUUGACGCUGCGGGGAUUCGCGCAUCCUCGUCCCCAGCACGAUGCAAGAUGUAUUCGUCAGUGUCAGGGAGGCUACUUGACCCGGCGGAUAAUACAUCUCAGUACUGGAGGGACAACAUGGUCUCUACAGUGCGAUUUACUGACGCCAUCAAGGCAGCGGUCGAGAAUCAUUCGCCAUUCGGGUCCUUCUUAGAGAUUGGACCCCAUCCAGCCCUCAAGGGCCCAACCGUGGAGCUCUUGUCCACCUUGGGCAUCAGAGAAGCCAGAUAUUGGGGAUCGUGCUCCCGUGGAAAACCGGACCUGGAAGCCAUCUUAAAUUCAACUGCGCAAAUGAUCCAUCACGGGUUCCCAAUUCGGCUGGACCAGGUGAAUAGCCCCCAGCUGGGGAGUGAAUAUAAUGGACGGGUCGUGACGGGCCUUCCUGGAUACGCCUGGGAUCAUUCAGUCGGACACUGGGCAGAAUCACGAUUGAGUCUCCAGGUGAAAAACCGCUGCUUUGCUCGAUGUCCUCUGCUGGGGGCGCGUAUGCCCGGGGAUAAUCCAAUAUUGCGCUUGUGGAACAAUAUCUGGAGGCGAAAGGAAAUGCCAUGGAUCGAGAGAAUAGAGGAAAACCAUGGAACAAAGGUGCCCCAAGCAGCGUUCAUCAUCAUGGCGCUAGAAGCCACGCAGCAGAUUAUCGUUGAGGAGCGAUACUCAACCACAGGGAUCUUAGCCCUGGAGAGUAUUGAUUUCCACGGGCAUGUUUCGCUCAGCCAUCUGGAGUCAGAAUCAGACAAUCCAUUCGAAACCAACCUUCGGAUGCAGCGCAUCACUUCGACCACGUAUGAGUUUUCCAUUGUCGGUGGUAGUGCGACUAUUCCCUGGCAGCAGAUCUGUUCCGGUCACGUCAGUCUCAAAGCAUCCAUUCCGGCUGCACCAACGCAGGAAUCUAUCAAGAACGGCGACGCAAUGAGCAGUGAUGGCAUUGCGGGAAUUCAGAUAUACCAUACCACAGAGUCCCAGGUCAGCGGCGCCACUACCAUUCCCUUGGCAGACGAGGAGACUGGGAGCUGGGACCCACUGAUUCUGGAAACUCUCCUCAGGCUCAAUGGGAAGAUAUUGGGUCGGGGUCCCGUUCCCUCUGAGUAUGACUUGCGGGCCAUCGAGCGACUAGCGAUGCCUAUCGCGUAUCGACCUUCGCUAGUCAAAUUCCACACCAAGGCCGCAAGAAUCCAUGAAGCCCAGGGUGUUGGUGAGAUACAGAUCGGGGAUACGGCCAAGUCCCCUCUCACGAUAACUGGGUUGCAGUACCAAUUCCAGAAACGUAUCCAGGAGGAACUCCCCCUGGACUCCCUCUUCCUCUGUCCUACAAUCCUCCCGGAUAUAAGCUGUUUGACAUCCGUGCCACAGCAGCUGUCUCUUGGACAUCUCUUGACCCUGGUCUGUCACAAAUGGCCGAUGUGCGACAUAGCUCUGGUGGGACUGAACGAGGCUUUGCUCCGGGAGGUUCACUCCCAAUUGCCUGAGGCAGAUCCUUAUCAUCGCCCAAGCUUCCGCCUGGUGGAUGUCAUUGGAACCGAACUCGCAUGGAAUACAUCCCGCUGGUAUUCGCUAGACCACGCCAGACCAAAGACGCAGUAUCAUCUUGUUCUCGGAACCGUAAGCGGGAUACGCAGAUGUACACCCUCCCUGCACCGCAAGGGACUUCUUGCUGUCACUGUGCACGACGAAUCCGACGGCGAAUGGUUCGCGUCAGAAUUCGACAAGGUGGCCGCAUUUGAUGGCGUGGGAUCGACUGAAUGGGCUGUCGGUCAGCGUCGGACCGCACUGCGCAAGGAAACGCCGAUGGCAGAUAAAACGCUUGUUCUACAAUGCGAAGGGACCAAACUUGUACCUUCCGCAAGAGACCUGGACUUUCAGCCCGUGAACUUUCACUUACCCGCUGUGCGGGAGCAGGUUGAGGAGCGACCUGAUACUGAGCGGCUGGAUGUGGUUAUCCUGGACAUGGCGCAGCGAUCGAUUCUUCUAGACGUCCCAGGGGACAAACUGCUUCCGACAUUGCAGUAUCUGAUUCCACGGACCCGAAGUCUCGUAUGGGUGUCCAGUGAGACGGAAGGAAAUCCAUUCCGCCGCGUCGUGCCGAGCUUUCUGAGAACCCUGAUGUCUGAGUAUCCGUCGCUACGAGCCUUAAGCCUGCUGAUUUGCGGCGAACAUUCCAUUGAGACAAUUGGAGCAACGAUCCUAGAUGCACAGCAGGAUCUGCUUAUGGGAGAAACUGAGACUGACAUGAUUGUCAAAGAUUCCCAGCUUCAUUUACUUCGGUAUCGUCCGGAUGACGAGCUCGCAGCUGCAGUGGGCCGCCGCGAGCCCCGAGAAUCGGUUAUUGAGGCUUCUGGACUGGAGCUGACGUACGAUAUUGUGCCAGCCGAGCCAGGAAGCCUUAUGGCUGUUCUUCAUCUUCCCCAGCUCGUGCAAUGUGCCACCACAGGUACUGUGAGAGUGCAGAUUGAUGCAUCCGUGAUCGAUCCUUGGGAUUGCCAGGUAGUCCGGAACCAUCGUGCCGCUACUGUCUGGCCGGGAUUUGGUCACUUCUUCUCGGGAACAAUCAUUUCUUCCAAAGGUAGCCACGACAUUGCCGCAAAAAGGGUCGUUGGCUGGAACUCGGGGGCGCAUAGCCGCCAUAUUACUGUGCCGGCUGCUCAGGUGUGGCCCAUAACAUCAGACCUAAAUCCCCAUCAGGCUGCUGUGCAGCUUGCAGUACACGCAAUUGCUCUUGCUGCUAUCCGAGGCACGGCUCGAUGCCUCCCGACUGAGCGUAUCGCGAUUGGAAUACCAGGUGCCUUGGGCGAUGCUUUGCGCAAUGUCUGCCGCGUCAUGGAUCUUGCGUUUGAAGAGGACGAGGUUCAAGGGCAUAGGUCGAUGGGAGAUAAGCUGUUCCGUGUUCAUGCUGACUCGGGCAGCUUGUCCGUGGACAACACUCCUGUUGACAUAGAGACAUACCUCAAGGGUGGUGACCGCAUUCUCGCCGAACUUGCGACUGAUCGCUUUCAAUUAAACUGCCAAGUUCCAGCUUUCCCCAUCGCAGACUACCAAGAAGCGUUCGAUCAUGCCGCAAGCAACCGAACGCCCACAGUGUUGUUGCAUGACCAUACGCGCACUCAGAUUCGUGGCAUUAUUACUUAUCGCCAGCCGCAUAGUAUAUUCAAGCCCAAUGGAGCCUACGUUCUGCUGGGCGGCUCCGGUGGACUGGGACAGCACCUGAUACGGUGGAUGGUGCGUCAAGGCGCUCGGCAUCUUGUCAUCGUAAGCCGCAGCGGGAUGAAAGCCGAGGAUGAGCGAUCCUUGCGUCGCGAUAUCGACGUUUUUAAUGCCAUACUCGAAGUCCGUCGGGCCGAUGCGACUAAACGGCCAGAUCUCGAGGCUGCUCUAUGUGAUGUCCGCGCGCGAGGCAAGAUCCUCGGGUGCAUGAACCUGGUGAUGGUACUCCAAGACAGCCCUUUCGACAGCAUGACUGGGGCGCAGUGGGACAUGGCCCUGGAAGCCAAGGUACAAUCCACGAACAACCUCCAUUUGGCGACUCUUCAGGAUCCUUUAGACUUUUUCAUUCUCUUUUCAUCCAUCGCCUCCAUUGCAGGGAACAUGGCCCAGGCGAACUAUGCCACAGCAAACGCGUAUCAGAACUCCAUCGCUGCUGAUCGCCGUGCGUCCGGAUUGCCAGGCAUGGCGAUCGCCCUUGGGGUGAUGACGGGCAUUGGUGUACUGACAGACGAGCAGAAUUUGCUUCAGGGCUUUUCUCAGAAAGGCAUGACUCUCCUGUCUCCCGAUAAUCUGUGCAAGAUCGUCGAGACGGCGGUGCAGGCGUCCCAAUACUCUGACCGGUCGUUGCUCCCCGUCGGUUUCGAUAUGUUCCAGUCGCUUGAUGGUGCUAUCCAGCGCCGGGAAGACCAACGGCAGCUAUUCUGGGCGGAAACCGCGGAAUUCGGCUUCUUGUUUGAUCACAAAGUGCAGGAAGAGGAUAACGCCGUCGUCUGUUCCCUAAGGGACCAGCUCCUGGGAGGCAACCCCGGUCAGGGUCUCGAGGCCCUUUUGAAGGCUUUCCUCGCCUUUCUGGGCAGCAUUCUGGGCUACGAGGCAGACAGUCUGGACCCCAGCCGCCCGAUGGCGAGUUUUGGCCUGGACUCCCUGAAUGCCGUAACAUGUCGUUUCUGGUUCUUCCAAGAGCUUGCAGUAGACGUUCCCCUCUUCCAGGUUCUCGGCGCAGACUCGGUGACAAGCCUUCUCCAAGACAUCCGUCAGGAAUUCCUCGCCAGUCACGGUUCGGCGAGCGACACGACAUCUCCCUCGACUGCUUUGCCGAUGCCAGUGGCACAAUCCGCCUCGGGACCUCUCAUGGUGAGACCUGUCUCCCACUCUCAGCACAGAAUCUGGUUUCUUCAGCAGCUGCUCACCGACAAGACGGUGUACAACCUCCUCCUCGUCUGCCACAUCGCCGGGGAAAUGGACGUGCCGGCCUUCCUCGCUGCGUGGUCGACGCUGAUGAAGCGGCACGAGAUACUGCGGUCUUGUAUUUCAGACACGGCCGAUGGGCUGCAGCAGAUCCCGAAAGACAGUGCAACAUUCCCGUUGACAGUAAUCAAGGCAAAUGGAUCCAAGGAAUGGCGAGACGUGGAGGCGGAGGUUACUCGCUUGGCCCGCGGUUACGUCUUCGAUCUGGAAGGCGGCGAUGUGAUCCACGGCUGGCUGGUCCAAAAUCCUGCGGGGUGGAAGUUCUAUUUGGCUUCGCACCAUCUGGCAUGGGACCGAUCGUCGGUGCCUGUCAUCUUUGAGGAGACAAGCCAUGUGUAUCAGAACAUUCUGGCCGGAAGGUCCCCGGAAGCAGAACUCUCUCCAGUCCCAUACCAGUUUGUGGACUAUACGCUUUGGCAAAACGAGGUGUUGGAGCAGGAAAGCCUGGUCAAAGGAUCCUUGGAGUACUGGAUGUCAGAGCUAGAUGGUAUUCCCGACGCCAUCACCCUUCUGCCCUCGGCAUCCGUCGCAUCCAGGCCCCUCGUGCAGCAGUACCAGACCGAUACUUCCUUGAUUUCCUUGGACGCCGCCUUGGCGAGCCGGCUCAAGAGCUUCUGCCGUGAACAUGCCGUCACCCCCUUCAUGUUCAUGACGGCAUGCCUCAGCAUUCUUCUGCAUCGUCUCACAGGCGACCAGGACAUCCUGAUAGGAAUCGCCGAUGGCGACCGUAGUCACACGGCAUUCGACCGACUGGUGGGAUUCACGGUGAACAUGCUCGCCCUGCGCUUCCGCAUGAAUCCCAAGGAUAAUGUGCAUGACUUCUUAGGCAAGGCCAAGCAGACCUGUGUACAGGCCUACAAGCACCGUAUUCUCCCCUUUGAUUACCUCCUGCAGCACCUCAAUGUCCCCCGUGCCGCAAGUCACAGUCCCAUCUUCCAGGUCAUGGUCAAUUACCAGAUGCAGGCCGCAUUUCCUGAGUACGACUACGGCACAUUCCGGUUCACGGGAUACGACCACUAUAAUGCACGCCCACAGGCCGACUUCUACCUCGAAAUCGAGGAGACAGCACAAGGGGCGCUGGACUGCUUCUUCCGCUUCGAUACUGCUCUGUACACGCAUCAGAGCAUGACAGAUCUAUCAUAUCGCUACCAGGCGCUCUUGGAGAGCGUUCUAGUUGCCGAUGGGGAGGACAAGCUGGGCAGUCUCCAUCUGCUUUCGACGGCCGACCAAGAGCUGGUCCACCGGUUUCUGCGUCCAGAGUAUCGGAACUACCCGACUCCUGUUGAGCUCAGCCACGACCUCUUUCUGGAUCGACUGCAGGAUGCUGUCCACCACAAUCCUUCGAAACUGGCAGUUUUUGACAAAGACGAAACUCUCACAUAUCAAGACCUGGACGAAAGGAGUGACAUGGUAGCGUCUGCGCUCCGUAGGCACGGCGUCCUACCCGGAGACAGCGUGGGUCUUGUCGGUGAUGCUUGUUGUUCUAUUAUUGCAGCCAUCUGUGGAGUGCUUAAGGCCGGGGGCGUUUAUGUUCCCAUUGACCGAGAGUACCCGCUCGAACGAAUUCAGAAUAUGGCUGCGGAUGCAGGGUUCCGAGCAUUGCUAAUUAGCCAGCUCAGUGAAUCCGAGCAUCAGAAACUCAGAGGUAUACCUGGCACACAGUUGAUCAAUGUGCAACAGGUGUUGAGCUCGACAUCGUCUGAUUAUGCCCUCCCCUUCCACCGGGCGGAUGCAUCGGACAGCUUCUGCGCCGUCUUCACCAGCGGCACCACGGGCAAACCCAAGGGGAUCUACAUUGGGCAAACACAGCUGCGUUGUGAGAUGGAGGGAUGUCAUCGUGUUUUCCAGACGACCAGCGAGGACAGGUUGCUCCUAUCAUCCUCGCUCACUUUUGACAUGCACCUGAUAUCUGUCUAUGGGUUCGUUUUGUACGGCGCUACCCUAUGCAUAGCUGACCGCGAGACCAUGUUAUCGCCGUCGUCGAUGGUGAACUGGGUGGUUGACUCUCAAAUCUCCUCCCUGAUGAUGACACCUACGCAGGCCCAGCUCUUGGUAACGGCCCCGAAUGCCGACCGGCUGCGUACCUGGACAUGUCUACGCAGCUUUAGUCUCGGAGGAGAACCGGUUGACCCUUCUGUUGUUGGUCGCCUGUACGAGCUAGGACUGCCAUCCGCCUCCGUCUACAAUGCGUACGGACCCUCCGAGACCACUGUAGGGGUUUCCAUCCACCGGUUCGACAGUACCACCAUCCAUCAAGAAGUCAGCGUGGGAGGCCCCAUAUAUCCCUCGUCAUUUUACAUUCUAGACGAACACUUGAACGAGGUGCCUCCGGGAACACCGGGAGAGCUGUAUAUUGGCGGUCCCACUGUGAAUGCGGGUUAUAUCAACCGUCCAGAGAAGACAGCUGCUGUCUUCAUGAACAAUCCCUGGGCCACCGAGGACGAACGUACCCACGGGUAUGACCGCCUCUACCGCACAGGAGACCGUUUCCUUCUCUCCCACGAUGGCAAACUGUACAUUCAAGGGCGAGUGGCUGGGGACCGUCAAGUCAAGAUCCGGGGCAUGCGCACUGAGCUUACCGAGAUCGAGCAAGCACUGUCAAAGACAUGUCAGAACCAUGUAUCGUCCCACCAAGUCAGCUUCGUGGCAGUUGCGCACUACAAGACCUCGACAGAUGGAGGUACAUUGGUCGCCUUCAUCGUGGCACCGAAGCUGGCUGAGGACGACCUUUCCACCCAGCAACAGAUCCGCUCCAUAAUCCUCUCGGACCUCCGAUCUAAACUUCCAUUCCAUAUGAUACCGUCUGCACUUGAGUUCCGCACAUCUCUGCCUCUACUUGUGUCCGGAAAGAUUGACUACAAGACAUUGCAAUCCUGUCCCCCUCCGUCGGCUAACUGCCACGACUGUGGGAUAACGAGUAAAAUGGUUGGCGCGAAUGGUGCCGAGGCAAACUUAACACCUUUGCAAUCUCGCGUUGCCCUCAUCUGGGCAUCUGUCCUUGGGGGCAAGAUAGCGGCAGAUCAGGUGGAUCCCGAGGCUGACUUCUUUUCGGUUGGAGGCCAUUCACUACUGCUUUUCCGCCUGCAGUCAGGUAUCACGGAGGACUUUCAAAUCUCCAUUCCGCUCCGGGAACUCUUCACUGCGAGCACCGUCGCGGCCCAGGCGACACUAAUUCAAUCCACCCUACAAAGCCAGCAGCAACCCAGCUCCGGGUCCACCAUCGACUGGGACUCGGAGACGGCCCUUCCCAAGGGUUUCCCUGCCCACGUUCAGCCUCUCCCUGGCCUUGGUCAAGUCUCCGGCGAUGUUGCCCUGACCGGUGGUUGCACAAUGAUAGGAGCGCACUUCGUCCACCACCUCUUGACGACCACCCCAGCGACGGCGCACUGCCUAGCCAUAGAGGCAGAGUCUCGCGAAGAAGCGAAAACUCGACUUUUGAAUGCCCUACAGCAGUGGAAUCUGCUCCAGGACCUGGACGACGAGCACACCGGCCGUCUUCUCGGCUACCCAGGAUUCCUCAGCCACCCAACGCUGGGACUAUCCGAGGACCAGAUCCAGUGCGUCGACGAGGCCACAACAGCGCUUUACCAAAUCGACUCAGAGGUCUCGCUCUUCAAAUCCUACGCCCAUCUAACAACCUCCAACCUCGGCUCCAUCCGAUUCCUCCUCAACCUUGCCACCAGAAACCCCCGUCGCGCCAAACCGCUGCACUAUCUCUCGACCUGGGGCGUACCCCAUCUGCAAUCGUGGUCCGACACGGAGCUGCCGUCCCGCACAUGGGAAGCCGGGCCCGUAGCCCUCACGCACAUGCGCCCCGGGACAGACGACCGGCUGGGCUACCUCAAGUGCCGCUGGGCGUGCGAGCGGCUGCUAUACCGGGCGGCCGAGCGCGGGUUACCCGUGUCGAUCUUCCGGCCGUCGAUGUGCACGCCGGCGCCAGGGCGACGAACCACCCUGGCGCGCACCGACAUCAACCGACGCAUCCUCGUGGGCAGUCUGCAGGUGGGGAUGGUGCCGGACUUCAACAGCGACCGAGGCGGCGGGAUGAGCUGGAUCACGGCCGACUUUCUGGUGCAGAGCAUUCUGUACCUGUCGCAGCGUGCGCCGACGGCGGGCGACACCCCGCUGCAGAUUCACCACGUCGUGGCGCCGCAGCACACGCCCUACUCGGGCGUCCCGAGCGCCCUGUUCCCGACACAGUCGUCGCUGAAGUCGGUGCCCCCGCGCGACUGGUUUGCGGCCUUACGCGCGUCCCAGGACCCCGAGAUGGCCAUGCAGGCGGCGGUCCUGGAGGAAUGGUACUCGGCCGGGUGGGUGUCGUUUCCUCUGGAGUCGUCGGAAACACAUCGGCGGUUGUGUGAGGCAGGGAUCGUGUCUCGCCCUGUUGACAGUGAGAUGCUGCAGGACCUCGUGAUCGGAGAUGGGAAGUUCUAG